AUGGCCGUGUCGUCAGCAAUGUACGAAUUAAAAGAGCAUGGAAUUAUUUCUCAUCCGGCAAUGGAUGCACCCUGGAACGCAGAGUUGUUUCGGCAGCAAUUUUCCAUAGUAAUCAUCUCAAUGGAAGACACGUUUGAGUUCGAUAUGAUCAAUGUGGAUUGCUCUUUCGCAAAUGCUGUGCGCCGUGCUCUCCUAGCCGAAGUUCCAUCCGUGUGUAUCGAACGUGUGUAUUUGCAUCAAAAUACGAGUAUCAUGCCAGAUGAAGUAUUGUGCCAUCGUCUGGGA